CAUAAUACAUGCUUUUCGCAGAGUCUCAGUCUCAAGGUUUUCAGCUUCCUCAAGUUUUCUUAUCAAUUUCAGAAUCUUGCGAUUCUCAACUUCUUGACGAUAACUUGUUCUCAUUUCAAGGUAAUUGAGCUCACUGGAAAAUUAACAAUGGAGGCACUUGGGAAUUUGGCAUUCGACAGAGGAAGGAAGUGUUACCAUUUACGUGAUAAUCUAAGGUCGCUCGAAAUGAAGUUGCAAAGAUUAAGCAACAGGAAAAUUGAUUUCGAGUCGAAAGUGAAAGUUGCAGAAAGAUCAGGUACUAAGAAAAGGAAAAGGGAGGUUGAGAAUUGGUUUGAGGAGGUAGCAAAAAUAGAGAAUGAAUUCGUUGCAUUGAAAACGAGGGUAGAACAGGGUAAUCUUCUAAAAAAUGCAUUUAGCAGUGGGGAUGGAGUGGAGAAAAUGGACAAGUUUGUAGAGCAACUGAUGGUGCAAAGUGAUAGUGAUCAUUUUGCUGAGCUUUGCCUCGAGGCUUCUGAGAGCAGAGGUGAGCCACGAGAGACAAUAAAAUUAUUUGGAAAAAGGUUUUGCAAAGGUCUGGAAACAAUCCCGGCAUGGUUGGACACCAAUGAGAUCUUAAGGAUUGGGAUAUGGGGGAUGGGAGGUGUGGGUAAGACUACUUUGGCGGAACACAUCCAUAAUCAUCUCCUUGAGAAUACUCAAUUCAAAGUUUAUUGGAUUUCUGUCUCUCAAGAUUUUAGCAUAAAAAAGCUGCAAGGUGACAUUGCUAAACGCCUAAGGUUUGAUCUGUCAAACGUGGAUGAUGAAGGAGCAAGGGCACGUAGGUUGCGUGACGCAUUCGAGAAAAUGGAGGAAAUGGUAGUGCUCAUAUUGGAUGAUGUUUGGGAAGACUUUGGUUUAGACAGGGUAGGGAUUCCUCUUGAUGCACUAAAUCGCAGAUUGAUUUUGACUACACGCUCGUUAGACGUGUGCAACCGGAUGCAAUGCCAAAGCAAUUUUGAGUUGAAAACUUUGGACACAGAGGAAGCUUGGGGUUUGUUCGAGCAUACACUUGGCAGCGAGACCUCCUGUGAUCGAGGUUUGAAAGAUAUUGCCAAGUCCAUCACGGAAAGGUGCGAUGGUUUGCCUCUUGGUAUUGUCACAGUGGCUGGGAGCAUGAGAGGUGUGAGAGACAUCUGUGAGUGGAGAAAUGCAUUGGAAGACUUGAAAGCAUGUUCAGUCGGGCACGAUGAGAUGGAAAAAAAGGUGUUUCGCAUCCUGGAAUGGAGUUUCAAUCGCCUGAAUGAAUGUCAAAGGAAUUGCUUCUUGUAUUGCUCUCUUUAUCCGGAAGAUUGGAAAAUAAAAAGAAAGGAACUAAUAGACCUCUUUAUUUGGGCAGAGCUGAUGCCAAAACGGAUAUUGAUGAAGGUCAAACGAUAUUAAACAAACUGAUAAGAUUUUGCCUGCUGGAAGAAACAAAAGAUUCCAAAGGGGAUGACCAUGUAAAGAUGCAUGAUUUGGUCAGAGAUAUGGCAUUAAGGAUCACGAAUGGAAACUCCAAACUAAAGAUGAGUGGAGAUGUACCACGCUUCUUGGUGAAAAGCUUUGUAUGGAGACGUUCAAAAGUAAUACUGGAACAAAAAGAAUGGACAGAAGAUCUCCAUGCAGUCUACUUUCAUACAUUUGGAAGCGCAGAAAUAGAAGUUCCACCAGGCUGGUCACCGAAUUGUCCUAAGCUCUCAACCUUGCUUCUUCCCCAUUUUUCCAUAAAAAGAAUCCCAGAUUCAUUCUUUCGGCACAUGU